AACUCAAGCAUUGCGGCACGUCACUUAGCGGCAAGGAAGGCCUUCCGUUGAUGUCGCAGCAGAGCGCCUUACCAGCUAAACGUUAGCCCCUCGGAGAGUUUCACUUGUUUGCUCAAAUACAAUGGGGAUAGAGGAGGAAACUGACCGGACGCUCUUCAUAAGAAAUUUAGACACGAGAGUGACGGAGGAGCUUUUGUUCGAGCUGUUUUUACAGGCAGGACCUCUGAUCAAAACCAAAAUUCCAAAAGACGCGGACGGGAAGCAGAAAACGUUUGGUUUUGCCGUUUACAAACAUGAAGUGUCCGUGCCUUAUGCCAUGGAGCUGCUCAACGGGACGUCGCUGUACGGGAGAACUAUCCAUGUGCAGUUCAGAUCCGGUAGCAGCCAUAGCAGCAGUCCAGGGAACUCACAGAAUUCAAGUCCUGCAAAUACCCCAAAUCCCCAUGGCCAGAGGACCCCUGCCCAGUUGAGUUCUCCACCCUACACUCCUCCCCAAAUGCAGAGGUCCUUUUCAUCCCCUGACAAUCUACAGAAGCAUGUCAUGAUGAGCAACAUGAUGCAUCACCUUCAAAUGCAGCAGUUGGAGCAGUUGAAUGGUGGCUUCUCCAAACCUAUGCAGUGGCAACCAUCUGCAGGUGGAAAUUCUGGCGGAGGUGGCUCGAGGCAGCAUGACAAUACCCCCUAUCGGCAUCAUUCAUCCCAGAUGAACAGCGGUGGCAGAAGCCAGCGCUACGUGGACGAGUCGGGUUCUGGUCGUCAUCAGCAACACAGCCACGGCAGGGACAGCUACCACCACCACAACGACAGGAGCAGCAACCGCCACCAUGACGGCAGAGGCGGCAACCGACACUAUGACGACAGGGGUAGCAACCGCGGCUACCAAGAUAACAGAUGGCGGCGAUACUGAGAUGUAAAAGAUUUCUUGUAAAGACUUUAGUUCUUCAUAAGUUUGUGGACAUUUUCUAAAGAAGAUCAUGAGUUAUGUUGACAGAAUGAUGAUGUAUCCUCAGGUUGUUUGUACAUGAUCUUACUAGCUUGAAGAUUUGUUAACUCAUGCCUAAAAGCCAUUUUUUGUUUACUUUUAAGGCAUUUUUAAAUUUAUACACUUAUGUCAUGUGAGCUUUUCCUCACAGAUGUUGCAAAUAUUUUGUGGGGUGGGAUUGUAUUGUUAUGAGAGCAAGGAUAAAAAUCCAACAUGACUGGCAGUCAUUUUUGAAAGGCAAGAAAAAAAAAACUGUAUUUAAAAAAACGUUAGGAUAUUGGCCACUUUCUAUGUUAUAUGUAAAUGGUGCUCUCUGAAUUUUAAAGAUUCGUCAGGUACUUUGCAAAAAAGAACAACAAUUUUCAGCAAAAAGAUUCCACCAGCAACAAUUUUACUGCAACACAGCACCAACCUUUCUUACUGUUAGAUUUGUUGACUUUGCUCUUUACAAAAAUGGGCUUUAUUUUAUUUUUUUAUUCUGAUCUGUAAGGCAAACUGUUUUAAAAUGUACAUUUUCAUUACUAUAAAGCUCCUUUCAUUUGA